AUGACGGGCUAUCAGGAAAUCCUCACCGAUCCUUCCUACGCUCAGCAGAUUGUUACCCUGACCUACCCCCAAAUUGGCAAUACCGGAUGUACUCCGGAAGACUUUGAAUCUGAUCGCAUCUGGAGCGCGGGACUGGUGAUUCGCCAGACGCCGCGGCGCCUGAGCAACUGGCGGGCAAAAACAUCCCUGCAGCAAUUGCUGCGCAGUGAAAACGUUGUGGCCAUAGCCGAUGUAGAUACGCGCAGGCUGACAAAGCUGAUUCGAGAGAAAGGCGCAUUGGCGGGUUGUAUCCUUGCGGGUUCAGACGCCGGCACCGAUGAAGGUAAAGCCAAAGCACUGGCCCAAGCACAAGCAUUCCCUGGCCUCAAAGGCAUGGACCUGGCGAAAGAAGUCACCGGCGCCCAGCGCACAUGGACCGAAACCAGCUGGUCCCUGGAGGAUGGUUACGGAACAGUAGGGCAAACACCGUACAAGGUGGUGGCCUACGAUUUUGGCGUGAAGCGCAACAUUUUAAGGCUGCUGGCAAGCCGCGGUUGUGACCUUACGGUAGUACCAGCACAAACACCGGCGGCUGAGGUGCUGGCCAUGAAGCCCGACGGUGUUUUUCUGUCGAACGGUCCUGGUGACCCGGAACCCUGCGACUAUGCCAUAGCAGCCAUAAAAGAAUUGUUAGAACACAAGUUGCCUGUUUUUGGUAUCUGCCUGGGGCAUCAACUGUUGUCUCUGGCAAGUGGUGCCAGCACUUUGAAAAUGUCCCACGGCCACCACGGCGCUAAUCAUCCAGUGCAGGACAACGACUCCAGGCAGGUCAUCAUCACCAGUCAGAACCAUGGUUUUGCGGUGGACGGCGAUACCUUGCCGGACAACCUGCGUUGCACACAUGUUUCUCUGUUUGACGGUACCGUUCAGGGUGUGGCGCGAACGGACGUGCCGGCCUUUGGUUUCCAGGGACAUCCAGAGGCAAGCCCCGGCGCCGGUCCCAUUGUGAUCGGCCAGGCCUGCGAGUUUGACUAUUCUGGCGCCCAGGCUUGUAAAGCCCUGCGGGAAGAGGGUUAUCGGGUCAUCCUGGUGAACUCCAAUCCAGCGACCAUCAUGACUGACCCAGCCAUGGCUGAUGCGACGUACAUUGAGCCGGUGGAAUGGCGCACGGUUGCAGCGAUCAUCGAACAGGAAAAACCCACCGCACUGCUCCCCACAAUGGGUGGACAGACGGCGCUGAACUGCGCGCUGGAUCUGGUGCGGGAAGGUGUGCUCGAUAAAUACAAUGUUGAGCUGAUUGGCGCCAGCCAGGAUGCGAUUGAUAAAGCGGAAGACCGCGAGCGUUUUGAUCGCGCCAUGAAGCGCAUUGGCCUUGAUACCGCCCGUUCUGCUAUUGCCCAUAGCCUGGAAGAAGCGCUGCAGGUGCAAAGCCAGCUUGGCUUCCCCUGUGUGAUAAGACCUUCGUUCACCAUGGGCGGAAGUGGUGGCGGCAUCGCCUACAAUUCAGAAGAAUUUGUUGAAAUCUGUAAUCGUGGGCUGGAAUUGUCACCGACGUCGGAAUUGUUGAUCGAUGAAUCUUUGGUCGGUUGGAAAGAAUUUGAGAUGGAGGUGGUGCGUGAUCACCUCGAUAACUGCAUCAUCGUCUGUGCCAUUGAAAACCUGGACCCGAUGGGUGUGCAUACUGGCGACAGUAUUACGGUUGCGCCAGCGCAGACGCUGACCGACAAAGAAUAUCAGUUGCUGAGAAAUGCUUCGAUCGCGGUAUUGCGGGAAAUCGGCGUUGAUACCGGCGGAUCAAAUGUUCAGUUUGCCAUCGAUCCCGAUACGGGCCGCACCGUGGUCAUUGAAAUGAAUCCGCGGGUCUCCCGAUCCUCCGCGUUAGCGUCCAAGGCAACCGGUUUCCCGAUUGCGAAAGUGGCGGCCAAGCUUGCCGUAGGCUAUACCCUCGAUGAACUGGAGAACGAUAUUACCGGCGGUAUUACACCGGCGUCGUUUGAACCCAGCAUUGACUAUGUGGUGACCAAAAUACCACGCUUCACGUUUGAAAAAUUUGUUCAGGCUGAUGCCCGUUUAACCACGCAGAUGAAGUCUGUUGGCGAAGUGAUGGCGAUUGGCAGAACUUUUCAGGAAUCCAUGCAGAAAGCCCUGCGCGGACUCGAAACCGGCAUGUCAGGUUUUGAUCCGGUGUUGGACGCCAGCGUUGCUGCAGACGUGCUGAACGCUACCCUGAAGCGAGAGCUGGGCACACCCAGCGCGCUGCGUGUCUGGUAUGUGGCUGAUGCGUUUCGUGCUGGAUGGUCGUUGGAAGAUAUUUUUGAAUCGACCAAAAUCGAUCCCUGGUUUCUGGCUGAAAUUGAAGAUCUCAUCAGCACGGAAAUCAGCCUGGCUAAUGUGUCUGCCAUCGCUCUGGGCAAAGAAGACUGGUAUCGCCUCAAGCGCAAAGGCUUUUCUGACGCGCGCCUGGGGCAGCUCCUGGCGACGGACGAAAGCGAAAUUCGUCAGCUUCGCCAGGCCUUGGAUGUCAGGCCUGUUUAUCGGCGUGUGGACACCUGUGCGGCUGAGUUUCCGGCCAGCAGUGCCUAUAUGUAUUCGACCUACGAAGAAGAAUGUGAAUCGCUGCCGUCGGAGCGUAAGAAAAUUAUGGUUCUGGGUGGUGGCCCGAAUCGAAUCGGUCAGGGUAUUGAGUUUGACUAUUGCUGUGUUCACGCGGCACUGGCCAUGCGCGAAGAUGGUUAUGAGACCAUCAUGGUGAAUUGUAACCCGGAGACAGUAUCGACGGAUUACGAUACGUCUGAUCGGCUGUAUUUUGAGCCGGUCACCCUGGAAGAUGUGCUUGCGAUCUGCGAUGUGGAACAACCGGUCGGCGUGAUCGUCCAGUUCGGCGGACAAACACCGCUGAAGCUGGCAAACGAUCUGGAGGCAGCAGGUGUGCCGAUUAUAGGCACAACGCCGGACGCAAUUGAUCGGGCGGAAGACCGUGAACGUUUUCAGCAGCUGGUUGAGAAAUUACAGCUGCGUCAGCCAGCCAACCGCGUGGCUUCCAGUGCCUAUCAGGGCAUUGAGCGUGCUCAGGCCAUUGGGUAUCCGAUUGUUGUGCGGCCGUCUUAUGUGCUGGGUGGACGAGCGAUGGAAAUUGUCUACAACGACGAUGAGCUGAUGCAGUACAUGCAGAACGCUGUAGAUGUGUCUAACGAUUCACCUGUGUUGUUGGACCGGUUUCUGGACCAGGCCGUAGAGGUGGACGUCGACGCUGUUUGUGACGGCCAUCAGGUGGUCAUUGGCGCGAUCAUGCAACACAUUGAACAGGCAGGUAUUCAUUCCGGUGACUCAGCCUGCUCGCUGCCACCAUACAAUCUGCCGAUGCAUAUCCAGAACAUUAUUCGCCAGCAGGUGUCAGAUCUUGCACUUGAGCUUGGUGUUGUUGGUCUUAUGAACGUGCAGAUGGCGGUACAGGGUGAAGAUGUAUUUGUGUUGGAAGUGAAUCCGCGUGCAUCCCGUACCGUACCGUUUGUGUCCAAGUGUAUAGGCGUUUCCCUGGCAAAAGUUGCUGCCCGCUGUAUGGCGGGAACCACCCUUGCUGAACAGAAGUUUACCAAAGAGAUCAUUCCAACCGUUUUCAACGUGAAAGAAUCCGUAUUCCCAUUCAACAAGUUCCCGGGUGUAGAUCCGAUUCUUGGCCCGGAGAUGAAAUCUACCGGCGAAGUCAUGGGAGUUGGCGAUACCUUUGGCGAAGCUUUUGCAAAAGCCGCUCUGGGCGCGGGCGAAGUGUUGCCUGAGCAAGGCCGCGUGUUCAUCAGCGUGAAAGACUCUGACAAAGAAAAUCUGCCGCAAAUCGCCCAGCUUCUGGCGGACCAGGGGUUUACGUUUGUGGCUACCCGUGGUACCCAGCGCUGUCUGGAGCGCGCCGGUAUCAGCUGCGCAAAGAUCAGCAAGGUCAAUGAAGGUCGUCCGGAUGUUUCGGAUAUGGUCAAGAACGAUCAGAUAGAUCUGAUUAUCAACACCACCGAAGGGCGUAAAUCUAUUGCAGAUUCUGCGGUGAUUCGUCGUCUCGCGCUGCAGAAAAAAAUCUGUUACACAACUACUUUGGCUGGAGGGGAAGCGAUUGCGAUUGCAAUUACUCAGGGGCAGGGUGAUCGGGUCAGGCGGCUGCAAGAUAUUCACGCUGCUUUAUAA